AUGUAUCCUUCGCCGUGUGCAUGCAAAGGCGUUCGGUCAUGUAAUCUUUGCCGAUCUGAAAAAAAUCAUAAUUCCAAUGAUUUCCAAUCGCAUACAGUCUAUAUUUACUGUGAUGCAUGUCGUCAAGCCAUUCGUAUGGACAUUUAUGAACUCAAAUCUCAAUGUCCACAUCAUACAGAGAUUGGAAAUGAGUCCAUUGCUUUUCCAUUAGAUGGAAUUUAUCUUGUUUCGGAAUUCGUCAAUGAAAUUGAAGAAAAAAAUCUGGUCGAUGCAAUCGAUAAUGAUAUUUGGAUAUCAUCUCAAUCCGGUCGUUUGAAACAAGAUUUCGGCAUAAAAAUUAAUUUUAAAAAGCAAACUAUCAAAACGAAAUACUUCACUGGAAUGCCAUUGUAUUCAAAAGCACUCCUCGAACGUUUACGUACUCAUCGUGUUCUCAGUGAUUUUCAAUCGGUCGAAUUGUGCAAUCUCGAUUACUCAUCCGAACGUGGUUCGCAUAUUGAUCCACAUAUUGAUGACACAUGGAUAUGGGGCGAACGACUAAUAACGAUAAAUCUUCUGUCGAACACUAUUCUUUCAUUGAUACCCAACGAACAGAAUUCGAAGAAGAUUGUUUAUAUUCCAGUACCACGUCGGUGGAUGAUUGUGCUCUAUGGUGAUGCAAGAUAUGAAUAUAAACAUGCUAUUCAAGGACAACAUAUUCAAGAUCGAAGACUAGCGGUGACAUUUCGAGAAUUAACUGGAACAAAGGAAAAGUUUUAUGAAGAAAAUAAGGAUUUAUAUGAACGAAUCAUUCGAAUUGGUAAACGUUUUACCGGAAUAUCAGUCGGAAGAUUCGAGCAUAUCGUCAACCAAGUGAAUUCGCAAGCAAUGGAGAAAAUGGACAUUGAGACAUGCUCUAAUACCGAGAAUCAACUUAAGGAAUUAUUUGAAUCGACAUAUUCGUCAAAAAUUUCUGCGUUCGAAAAACUCAAUCCAACGACGUACUUGGUCGAUUCAGAGAAGAAAUAUCUGAUGAAACUAUUUCCCCAAUUGUCAAUCUCUCGUGAGCAACUACAAACAAUAUUUUCCUCGUGUCAAUCGAAAGCGAUUAUUCUCAACGGAUCCGUUAAUCAAUCGUAUAUCGUUAUUGUUCAUUACGAUGAUCUUUCGUCAAAUCAACAGAUCGCUCGUUUCUUAGCUCAAUGGCGCUUAGCUACAGAUCGUUUUUCGAAAAAUUCGCUCGAUCAGGAUUGGUUUAACGAACAAUAUGCAUCGAUUCUUCAAAAGAAAAAAAAUAGUUUUCCAUUUCUUUUCUCCAAUCUGUUCACUUGCCAGCAACAACUAUGCGAUCAAUUAGAAACCGGUCUACAAUGGACAACAAGUAAACAAUCGUCGUAUCUAAUGGAUUUAACAUCAACAUUCUUAACGGACAUCAAUUCGUUUCAUGAAAAUGUUAAAGACAUUGUUAAAGUAUACGAAGAAACCGUUCGAUUGACUGAUGAAGAAUUGAACCUAUUGGAUACAUUUGUUCGUUUACAAUUGGUGCUGACGAUAAAUCAGAAUGACAGUGAUGACGAGAAACAACUCGAUUUACUUGAACAACUCUCAUCGAAUGUUUUUCUUGUUCGAAAUCUAGUCAGAUGA